AUGGGUCCAGCUCCGCAUCGUCAGGGGUCCUGCCCGCCCUGUCGAAGCUCCGGCUUGCAAUCACAGCAGCAGAUCCAGCCCCCGCAGACCCCCGCAGGUGCACCACCAGCCGCAGCGGCGGAGGUACCUGCCCCUGCUGCGCUUGACCCAUCAGCACCACCCGCGGCAACCCCCUGCGGCUGCGCAUUCGACGCUGGCCCGGCCCCUCUUGCUCCUGACCCCACAGGCCUACUGGCACGUGGCCUCUUUGCUGCUGCACCGCUGCCGUCCUUGAGACUCCCAUUCCCGCAACUCUUCACGCCUCCUGGCCGCGGUAGCAUCGUCCCACCCAAGCUCAUUGAAGACGCUCCCUAA